GUUUAUUGUCGUUCGCUUUUCAUUGUUUUAGGUGGUAGUUAAUAAUUUUGUUCAUUCAUUUAUCAUAGCUGCGGCAUAAAAAAUAGUGCAAAGCAAAAUUUGCAUAAAUGCCUGCCCGCACAUUGGACACGUCAUUGACAAAGCCAAAUCCGAUCACAGGUGAAAUCAACGGCAUGGAUUCCAGCAAAAUCACAAAUAUAGAUCUCAAUCAGCGCUAUCGUCAUGCAGGUGACUUGACCGGCGAACCACCUACCCGUACCUUUGCUGAAAUUACAAUACCCGUACCCUGGGGACACAUAGCUGGGAAAUGGUUUGGUCCGCAGAAUGUGCAGCCGAUCCUUGGGCUGCAUGGUUGGCAAGAUAAUGCAGGUACCUUUGAUUUGUUGGUGCCCUUGCUGCCGCCUGAUGUGGCCUUUCUAUCUGUCGAUUUACCUGGGCAUGGAUUAUCGUCUCGUCUGCCAGACGGAUGUUACUAUAAUUCUGUAGAUAAUCUCUAUGUGAUACGCCUGAUUAUGAAGCAGUACAAGUGGGAGAAAGUAUCGCUAAUUGGCCACUCCAUGUCGUCCAUCAUUUGCUUUGUCUUUGCUGCUGUUUUCCCCGACAAAGUUGAUAUGGUCAUUGGCCUUGAUGCUCUGAAGCCGCAUCAACGCCCAUAUCCGGCUGUUAUACGUACGAUGGAAACACGCUUGGAUGAGUUUCUGCGCGAGGACGAGCGCAAUCGGAGCAAGAAUGAGCCGCCUAGCUAUGCGUACGACGAGCUCAUUGAGCGUGUCUACAUCGGCACCUUUCAUUCGGUCAAUAAGGAGCACUGUAAGCACAUUAUGGCACGGAAUAUACAAAAGUCAGGAAAAUACCCGGACAAGUACUUCUUCUGUCGCGAUCGCCGACUGAAAUUCUAUAAUUACGCGAUUGGAUCACAGGAGCUGUGCGUGGAAAUGGCGCAGCGCAUCAAGUGCCCCUACUUGUUCAUUAAGGGCAAACAAUCAUCCUAUUUCGAGGAUAAAAAGUAUUAUGAUGAGGUCCUAGACCUGCUUCUAAAGAAGUCCAACUUCGAGUAUAUUGAGGCUGAUGGCACACAUCACUUGCACAUGAACAAUCCCGAAACAAUUAUAGAGCCUAUCAAUAAUUUCAUUCAACGCUUUGGGCCAGCCGCUGCAGCAGCAUCGCGCAAAAAGGCCAAGGAGGCUAAGGAGAGCAAGCUUUGAGCUGAGCUCAAAGCCCAUAAUCACACAAUGGUUACAUGGGGCUUUAUUUAUUAGCGCUUAAGCGAUUCUGCGUAUCGUUUUAUACAGCAUUUUAUUUACUUAAUCGUUGCCUUAACUUAAAUAUAUGUGAACAAUUUGUAUA